AUGAUUUUUGCAGGCUUUGGUGGACAAAACAUGUAUCGUCGACAAUUGGAACGUGGAAGGAGAUCGAAACGUGGUUUGGUACCGAUGUUAGAAAGACGAACUGUUUGGCGUGACCACAAUUUGAGUCCUGUUGUUGAAAGAGACCAAUAUAUGGCGGAAAGUACACGUGGUUGUUAUCAUAACCGCUCCGGACGACGUGACAAUUUUACGAUGAAUGAAAGCAAUUCAUCAAGUGGUCGUCAAAGGCAUCGACACAGAGAACGGUUGGAUAGCAACAGUGAAUUAAGCAGAUCGACUACCAGGAUUUCACCUACGUCAGUUAGAACUGGGCCGAUGGAAAAUCGCGAAUAUUUGUAUGUUGCACGUUCAGCUUUGCUUUGA